UGUGUGUGUGGGGGGGACGGUGAUGGGAGUAAGAUGGCGGAGCAGCAGCAGCAGCAGCGGCUGAGGGAGAAGCUGGAGCGGCAGGCGCUGGAGGCGAUGCUCGGGACAUACAGUAAGCUACUGGACAAAUCAGACCUACAGGCUGUUUUGGCUGAGAGACUUCAAAGUGAGAAGUGUGAACUUCAGAACAUCAGCCCAACACUGGACAGGGUGCCAGAUGAAACACUGCUGGAGCAAGGUACCCAGAUACAUAUCCAUCAGCAGGUGGAACUCAGGGAACUCUAUCAAAAGCGUGGUCAUCUUGCACAAAGCAUGAUUGAGCUCAACAGUAAACUGCAACAAAAAGACCGAGAGAUUCAAACCAAUGAGGCAAAAAUGGUCGAAUACCAUAAGCGAAUUAAGAAGCUGGAGACAGAAUGUCGUGAACUGAGAAAUAAUCUACAGGAGUUGGAGCGAGCCAAUCACACACUUAAGAAUGAAUACAACACACUGCAGAUCACCUUCAGCACCCUCGAGGAGAGCCUGCAGAAAAUGGCCGAUGAGAACCACGAACUAAUCACACGGUGGAUCACGGAGAAAGCACAGGACACCAACAAGCUGACUGUUGAGAAAGAAAAACACGACAGGCCAUUUAUCCUCCUAGGAAGAAUUGGGACAAUGUCUUCAGUGUCUAUGAACCCAAAACGCACUGAUCUUCCUUUAGCUGAGAAGGUGAAGGUUGUGGCUGCUCUGCAGGGACAUAAAGCUUCUUAUGCCUCGGUUGCAAAGAUAUUCAACAUUUCGAAAAGCCAAGUCGGACGCAUUAGCCAAAACAGAGAAAGGAUUCUAGAGGAAUGGAGACAGAAUGCAAACCCCAACAGGAAGAGGAAAAGAAAGGGGAAGGACAUUGAAGUGGAGGAUGCUCUCUUGCUAUGGUUUCAGCAAGCUAUGGUUGAGGGAGCUCGCAUCUCUGGUCCAAUGCUGAAGAUGAAAGCAAAGGAGUUUGCGGAAGACCUGGGCCACGAUGACUUUGAACCCACAGAUGGAUGGCUCUCCAGGUGGAAGACCAGGAACAACAUUGUUUCUAAGAAAGAUUGCAACGAGAGGCACGACAUGGACUGUUCUGCGACAAAUGGGAGGGGGUCUGAAAUAACCAAUGUGGGUGGCAUGGCCACAGCAACGGAAAUCGCUCGUAAUGUGACUUUAUUUAGAGCAAUCCAGAUGCUGUAUAAAGCCUGUGAAAACAUGCAGAACAAUCCCAUGAACCAUCUUAACAAAGUUGAAUUGAAGAGAGAAACACCCAAGACUGAUGCUUUGCAAUCUGAGGGUGAACUGACCUCUGAUGACAUUUUUGCUUCUUUAAUGACUAAGCAGGACAGGCAGCCAGACGUCAAACAGGAGGAUUUUUGCGCUGUAGCAAAAAGGCCAAGACUGGAGGCUGCAGUGAAGGAAAGCAUGGCUGAUGCUGCAGUAACAGAUUGUAUAUCUGAUCAAUCGAUGUGCACAGCAGCUGCUGUAACCAAUGUAGAAGCGUUGGAAUGCGUCAGCAAACUGGAAAAUUGGUUGCAGCUUCGAGGAGCUGUGGGAAACUGGGAGCAAAUGAGAGAAGUACUGAGAGAAGUUCAGACUGUGGUAAAUUCUGCUAGGUAGACUUACCAUGUUGAUUCUUUUCACUACUGAGCCAGAUAGCAAGCAGUAUGCAUAACAUCCACUCCUCUUAAAGGUGUAACUGAUUAUCCAGUAGUUUUUUAUGAUAGUUACUUGGGAUAUAUUAUUCUACUGAAGAGGAGUGAGUGUUUAAAUUAUGUUGGUUGUGCAAAAAAUUAAUUUAUUUAGAGAUUUUUUUUAUAUUUACAAUAACCAGAACAUUCAGUAGAGUAUAGAAUGUAUAGUAACUGGACUCCAGCAUUCAGUAAAUGAGUCAUUAGACUGAUCAUCUUUAACUAAAAGAUGAAUGGAUUUGAAUUUGUGAAACAGGCAAAUAACUCAGUACAGAAAUUGCAUUGUAUGUAUUAACUUUAAAAUUGCUUGAAUCAAAGGAACGUUUUACUACACAAUUAACAGACUUCCAUUCAAAGAAUGGAAGAACACUGGGUUAUAAGUAUAAAAAUAAACACUAAAAAGAAGUCUGCGACAGGGAAUGAAGUGGCUGUACUACAGUAUACGUGAAUGCUUGAUUCCUGUUUUAGGUCAAUAAAAUUGUACAGAGACCUGAAA